UUAUUCUAACGCUCCCCAAAAUCGGUCACACUGCCGUUGAGAGAGAACCUUGGAGCUCGAUCGUAUAGUGGGGCUGAUACUGGGCUCUCAAUUAUAGCAUUUCCUCUCUAUUUUAAAGAUAAGAAACGUAAAAACAAAAACAGCUGUAGGGCCAUAAAAACAAGUGGUUUAAAUCGAUUUUAUGAUUAGAUUGAGCUCAAAAAACUAGGACACAACCGGAGAAACUACUAACUCACACCUUAAACUAUACUAAUUGAAACACCAAUUAAAUAAUUUAUGUUAAUUUAUUCAGAGUGAUUUCUGAGAUAUUUAACUACUCCCUUAUUAAAUGAUAACAAAAGCCUACAAUUAAAAAUUAAAUAAUCCAUUAAUCCGGAAACAUGAGCCAGAUGAAACCUAUUCUCUGCGUGGGAAACACUGUGAUCGAUUUUGUGACCAUAACUCAAAGUUAUCCCAAAGAAGACACCGAUCGUCGCUGCCUGGAUGGGUUCUGGCAGCGAGGAGGAAAUGCCUCCAAUGUGUGCACGGUUUUAAGGGCUCUCGGAUCGAAAGUGGACUUCUUUGGAAUGCUGAGCAAAUCGGUGGCUUUCCGGGCUUUGUUGGAGGAUCUCCGACAAAGAGAAAUCGGCACAAAGCACUGCCCAGAGACUGAAAAAGAUCCGCCCUUUUCCUCAAUAAUUCUAGCCCAGGACUCUGGCACUCGGACCAUAAUACACUGCAACAAAAACUAUCCAGAACCCACUUUUGAGGACUUUAGCCAGAUCGAUCUCUCUCAGUAUGGCUGGGUGCACUUUGAAGCUCGCAAUCCGACGCAGGUUUCCAAAAUGAUCCAGAGCAUCCGGGAGCACAACAAGAAAACCUGUCAGAGGAUCACCAUAUCCCUGGAUUUCGAGACGAGAUACGACCAGAACCUCCAACUAUGUCAGCACUGCGAUAUCGUUGUCUUCUCCAAGGAACUGGCUGCCCAGAAGGGCUGGGAGACCGCUCAGGAAACGGUGGAAGGACUCGCUGCCGAUAUCACCGGAGAUGGUGAGCGACCCGUGAUCAUAUGCCCCUGGGGUAGCGAGGGAGCGGUGUGCCUGGAUGCCAAUGGGAACUUUCACAAAGUAGCUGCCUACAAGCCCGAAAAAAUAGUGGAUACACUGGGUGCUGGGGACACCUUCAUGGCGGGAUUCAUCUACGCCACUUUUGUGGACCAGCGGGAUCUAACGGAUGCUAUAGACUUUGCCAAUCGGGUUGCUAGCCACAAAAUCUCCGAAUAUGGUUAUGAUCAUGUUACAAAAAUUAUCAAAAUUUAAAGAGUAAAAAUAUCAACGAAUUUAUAAGAAAAGCAAUAUUAGAAUAACAAAGAAACCUCCAUGUAACCCAAUAACAAGUUUUUGGAAAUGAACAGCGCUUAUGUAUUCUUACAAAUUUUAUAAACUUGUCAAAUUCAUUAUGAAUAUAUUAUAAUUAUUUCGUGAU